ACCAGAGAGAGGGCUAGAAAAGCCACAAGUAUUCAACCAAGAAUUACUAGAGAAGCUGAAAAAAUACUACAGAAAAUGAAGGAAUUGGAGGCUACAAUCAACACAGUUCAAAUGGAAAUCAUUAAGAAAGAAAACAGCUGCAAGAUAUUUGAGACUGAAAUGCAAGAGAUGCAGGGGCAUCUUCAAACACUGUCUGAUGGAAAUGCUCAAGAAAAACUGUUAUUAAUGGAGGAUGCCAUGAAUUUGAAGAAAUUGGCUGCUCUAUCCACCCAGGAUGUCUUGUACAAAGAAAGAGAACUGCUAAACAUUCAGAGAGAGCUAGAGCAAACUGUAAAUACAACGAAGGAAAAAGAACAUAAUAUUCAUCUUCUAGAAACUCAGCUUCAGCAGCAGAUUCAGAAGCUCCAGGAUAUGGAAGGAAAACUUACAGAAAGUAGACUGGAAUGCUUACAGCUACAGGAAUUACUCCAACAGCUAGAGGAGAAAUACCUGACUGGUGGCCAGUCUACACAACAGCAUAUUGUUCAAGAACUCCGAGAGGAAGCUGAAAAAUUAAGACAAAUGCUCAAAGAGAGAGAGCUUUCAGCUGAUGAGGAUAAAUACUUACACAACAAGAUGGCAGAAGACUGUGGACAUCUGAUAGGAAAAAAUGCCCUCUUACGAACUCAAAUGCUGGAAGCAACCCGGCUGUUAAGCAAGGUGAUGUCUCUCUGGCAAGGAAAAGAAUCGGAGGGCCAAAGUCAGCACUCUCUUCAGUCACAACUAAGAGAUUUAGAGAGGAGGCAUUCCAGCAUUCAACUGGAAAAUUCCAAGCUUCAAACUGAAAAAACUCAUUUGGUAGACUAUAUUUCUUACUUGCAUGAACAGAUUGCUGAAAAGAAAAGAGAAAUCCAUGGUCUCUAUAGUCAUGCUAAUAGCUUGUCCAGUGACCUUGGUAAUUUGAAGUCUUAUGUCGAUACAGCAUCUCAUCUGCAGGAAAAAAAAGGAAAGAGUGCUCCAGUAUGUUAAUAGAAACAACUCAAUGGGUUAACUUUGUGAAGCAGUUAUUAAAGUCUGUUGGCUCACUUGAAGAAAAUUAAGGCAUCUUUAUAAAAUA